UGUUUUUUUUCAUUUGUACGCAAGGAAAACAAUAAUAAAUAGAUACUUCAUGUAGUUUUUAGUGCUGGAAAUAUACGUUAAAAUGCUUAAAAAUUGCUUUUUCUUGCUCAUGAUCACGAGCAUACUAAUAGUGGAGACGGCUCAAAUUACCAAGGACAAGGACAACCCAUCGAUUAAUCAGCCAAACGAUUUCAACCCACUGGGGCCGCUGGUUAAGUGUUCCUUCCUGCCGCUGGAAUUCAUGGACUGCGACGAACCGGUCGAUCACAAGGGGAACCGUACGGCCAAAGAGGAACUAGGACAUGGAUGUGUGAAAUUCGGUGGUGUGUACUACGAUGACGUCGAAACAACCAGAGUCAAGUGCGUCGUGUUCGACAAUAUUGAAUGUGCCGAACCGCGGGAAUUCAUGCGAGACGGAUUUCCCUGUGUCAAGUACACGGAUCACUACUUCGUGACGACGCUGCUGUACAGUAUACUGUUGGGUUUCCUGGGUAUGGAUCGGUUCUGUCUGGGCCAAACCGGCACAGCCGUCGGGAAGCUACUGACGCUGGGAGGUGUCGGAAUCUGGUGGAUUGUUGACAUCGUGCUGCUAAUAACGAACAAUCUGCUGCCGGAGGAUGGAAGCAACUGGAACACCAAGGUUUAGCGAAUGUUUCCAGCAGUCUAAUUUGCAGAUGGUCGCAAUUGCCUGAACUUUUGCCACAAUUUUCGAUCCGAAUGUGUUGUGUUUUGUUAGUAACUAAAUUAGGGAAAAUUUUGAGCGGCAGUGGAUUGCACGCUUCAAAGUUUAGAAAUUUAAGGCAAAUAGGGAAUCGUGAUAUUAAAAUUUCCUAUUGUCACAUUAGUUCAGUUUGUUUUUAUUACAAAAAAUAAAUGUCAGAUUUUAUAAUAAA